UUUCUGUCGGAUUUUCUCCUCAAUUCUAACUCACUUUUCUGCUUUUGCUUUUCUUGACCUGAAGAUCUUUUCAUUUUCCCACCUCUUCAUCUUGUUUUGAACCUUGAUUUCCUAUUAUAUAAUUUAUGCUUAAAUCACACAAGGCUUGGUCGGUGCGGGGUGAGGGUGUUCUUUUGCAGAUGAAAGUUUUAAGACCAUCUCCUUGCUUAACCGGUCUCAAUCUAUUUUUAUUGUUUGAAAAUAAGGGGUAAUUGCAAGCGAACGUCCUCUUUAGCCUCUUGAUCAAGUCUAUUACUCCUCUAUAUAUGAUUCAAAUGGCAAUUUUGUUAAACUGAAAACUAGUACCUGACUUGCAGCGUCAGCAUUUAGGAGCUGCUAAUCGGCAAUUCGGCUAUGAAGGCGUGCAGCUUCACUCCCUUGAGUUACUGCUGGGUUCCAGCACUUAAAAAAAUUGUCUAGUAAUUUCUUGAGCUCUCUGCUGUGUCGUUUGUUGUAUAGCUGCUACACUACACGUGGGGGGAGUGUGGUUGGGACUUCGUGUCCCGAACUGCGUAGUUCAGGCCCCAGGAAACACCUACUAAUUAAUGUCUGGGAAACAAGAAGAUGAUUUCUCCGGAGUACCUCCCUCCCCAGCUUCUGCAUAUACAGUUGAAACAUGGAACUUUUCUCUCCUUCCUGUGCCUCAGUUUCCAUAAUGCAAACUGUAAUUGCAUAGCACAACCUCAAGGACUUGCAGAAAUAAGUUAAUGUUGUAAUGUGCUGUGAAGAUGAAAAUUGCUUACAUAAGUCUAUGUCUAUAAAUCUAUAAGGAGACUUCCCUUUAACAAAUCAAUUAUCCAGGUUUCUUGAUUUGACUGAUAAGGUGGUGCUUAUGCUCAAUUGGUAUAAGAAUUGAUGCUUUACAUUGUUUUGAAAUUCAUCUUAUUUUAAGCAAAAUAAUAAUUCAUUCUUUUGGUGAUUGUCAAGCUGAAGUUUGCCAGGUUCUUGUUGAGUUAGACCUCCUAAUUCUCUAUUCUCUUCAUCUGUGGUGCUGCCUGCUUUCUGGUUUAAACAUUUUAACACAUCUCCAGUUGAGGAGAAAUAUUUUAAGAAUAUAGGUAUGUUUUUUGUAUAUCCUACUUUAUAUGGGAUUACAAGUAUCACCUUCGUCAUUUCUUUGCAUUCUUUUGUUUACUUGUGCCCCUUUCUCUCCCUCUCUUAAAUUUGGUUGGGUGUGGUUGAGUUGAAUAUUCGGAUAUCGGGAUGUUAAUGAUAUGUUCCAUCCUGUGGUUCAAGAUUCUGUCCCCUUUCUUCUUGAAGGAAAUAACGAAUCUUCCAGAAUUAACUAGAAAUGAAUAACAAAGUUAAUCUGGAGGUUAAACUUGCAUCAAUUCUUCUGCUGUUCAAUGCUGUCAAAAAGUACUACUUAGAAGCAAAAGACUUCUUUGAAGAAUUUGCAGAGCAUUUACAAGAGGGACAGAUGGAGAAAGAGUUUGCAGGUUAUUCAAAGAUUUUAGGUGAUGGGCAGAUCAGAAAGUCAGAUGGAUAUAACUGAUAUCAACACUCCAAAGCCAAAGAAGAAACAGCGAUGGACCCCACUGGAGAUCAGUCUCUCAGUCAUUGUUCUGCUCCUCACUGUCAUAGCUGUGACCAUGAUAGCACUCUAUGCAACCUAUGAUGAUGGUAUUUGCAAGUCAUCAGACUGCAUAAAAUCAGCUGCUCGACUGAUCCAGAACAUGGAUGCCACCGCUGAGCCUUGUACAGACUUUUUCAAAUAUGCCUGCGGAGGCUGGUUGAAACGCAACAUCAUUCCUGAGACCAGCUCCCGUUACAGUAACUUUGACAUUUUAAGAGAUGAACUAGAAGUCGUUUUGAAAGAUGUCCUUCAAGAACCCAAAACUGAAGAUAUAGUAGCAGUGCAGAAAGCAAAAACAUUGUACAGGUCUUGUGUAAAUGAAUCUGCUAUUGAUAGUAGAGGCGGAACACCUCUACUCAAACUGUUACCAGAUAUAUAUGGGUGGCCAGUAGCGACAGAAAACUGGGAACAAAGAUAUGGUCUUUCUUGGACAGCAGAGAAAUCCAUUGCACAUCUAAAUUCUAAAUAUGGGAAAAAAGUCCUUAUUAAUUUUUUUGUUGGUACUGAUGAUAAGAACUCUACGAACCAUAUAAUUCACUUUGACCAACCUCGACUUGGCCUCCCUUCCAGAGACUACUAUGAAUGCACUGGAAUAUAUACAGAGGCUUGUACAGCAUAUGUGGAUUUUAUGGUUGCUGUGGCCAAAUUGAUUCGUCAGGAGCAAAGCUUGCCAAUCAAUGAAAGCCAGAUAACAUUGGAAAUGAAUAAAGUUAUGGAAUUGGAAAAAGAAAUUGCCAAUGCUACAACUAAACCCGAAGAUCGAAAUGAUCCAAUGCUUCUUUAUAACAAAAUGACAUUGGCCCAGAUCCAAAAUAACUUUUCACUAGAGAUCAAUGGGAAGCCAUUCAGCUGGUCAAAUUUCACAAAUGAAAUCAUGUCAACUGUGAAUAUUAAUAUUCCAAAUGAGGAAGCUGUGGUUGUUUAUGCUCCAGAAUAUUUAACCAAACUUAAGCCUAUUCUUACCAAAUAUUCUGCCAGAGAUCUUCAAAAUUUAAUGUCCUGGCGGUUCAUAAUGGAUCUUGUAAGCAGCCUCAGCCGAACCUACAAGGAGUCCAGAAAUGCUUUCCGCAAGGCCCUUUAUGGCACAACAUCAGAAACAGCAGCUUGGAGACGCUGUGCAAACUAUGUCAAUGGGAAUAUGGAAAAUGCUGUGGGAAGGCUGUAUGUGGAAGCAGCGUUUGCUGGAGAGAGUAAACAUGUGGUUGAAGAUUUGAUUGCCCAGAUCCGGGAAGUUUUUAUUCAGACUUUGGAUGACCUCACUUGGAUGGAUGCAGAAACGAAGAAGAAAGCUGAAGAAAAGGCCUUAGCAAUUAAAGAAAGGAUCGGCUAUCCUGAUGACAUUGUUUCGAAUGAUAACAAACUGAAUAAUGAGUACCUCGAGUUGAACUACAAAGAAGAUGAAUACUUUGAGAACAUAAUUCAAAAUUUGAAAUUCGGCCAAAGUAAACAACUAAAGAAGCUCCGAGAAAAGGUGGACAAGGAUGAGUGGAUAAGCGGAGCAGCUGUAGUCAAUGCAUUUUAUUCUUCAGGCAGAAAUCAGAUAGUCUUCCCAGCUGGCAUUCUGCAGCCCCCCUUCUUUAGCGCCCAGCAGUCCAACUCAUUGAACUAUGGGGGCAUCGGCAUGGUCAUAGGACACGAGAUCACCCAUGGCUUCGAUGACAAUGGCAGAAAUUUUAACAAGGAUGGAGACCUCAUUGACUGGUGGACUCAACAGUCUGCAAAUAAUUUUAAAGACCAAUCCCAAUGCAUGAUAUACCAGUACGGAAACUUUUCCUGGGACCUGGCAGGUGGACAGCACCUCAAUGGAAUUAAUACACUGGGAGAAAACAUUGCUGAUAAUGGAGGCCUUGGCCAAGCAUACAGAGCAUACCAGAAUUAUGUUAAAAAGCAUGGUGAAGAAAAAUUACUUCCUGGACUUGACCUAAAUCACAAACAACUGUUCUUCUUGAACUUUGCCCAGGUGUGGUGUGGGACCUACAGGCCAGAGUAUGCAAUCAACUCCAUUAAAACAGAUGUGCACAGCCCAGGCAGUUUCAGGAUUAUUGGGACUUUGCAAAACUCCGCUGAGUUUUCAGAAGCCUUUCACUGUCGCAAGAAUUCAUACAUGAAUCCAGAAAAGAAAUGCCGGAUCUGGUGAUCUUUGGAAGAAGCACUGCAGCCCUUGGCUAGACUUGCCAACACCACAGAAAUGGGGAACUCUCUAGCAGGGAGAAAAUGGGCCCUGGGAGUCAGGAAUUGACUUGGGGUAAUUAAUAGAGAUGUGAGCAUUAUAAUACAAAUGAAGUUAGAUUAUUCUAGAAAGGCUGUGGAGGGAGAAAGAGGGUCUAAGGUCUAUUAAUCACUUGUCACUGUGUAAAUAAUGCUUAAUUCUAAAGAUAAUAUUACUGUUCAUUUCUGUUUCCUUUAUGGUCUGCCAGUUUGAUGUUGUCCCUAGAAAAUAAUGUUAACCACUUGAGGUUAACAAUGGGAUUAGUGAAAAUUAGUGAAAUCCACUGGGAUUUCUAAUCCAAAUUAGAAAGAAGAUGUUGAAGAAUACGGUUGAGCACCUGAAGCACAGUGGUGAAGUUAGUUUAAAACAUAUUGCCUGAGUACUUGUUUUUACUUUUGUUUGUAACCAUUUAUACUCCUUCAAAACCCUUCCAAAGGAUUCUUAUACACAUUGGGGCCUUGGGGAUUAUAUAGUUUUAAACUCAGUUUACCAUGCAUCAGUUAUUCAUUCUGUGAUUAUUUUAUUUUAAGUACUCUUAGGGCAAAAAUGAAGAUCUAAAAUUGUUUUUUGUUGUCCCCACCUUCACUAAUAUUGAGAUUCUUGAGGCCCACUAUAAUUUUCUAAGCAAUUUCUUGUUCUCUAUCAAAACUUGGUCUUUUUAAAAGAUUUAUAGUAAUGUACAAAUAAUAAUUUUUAUAUUUAAUUAUUAACUACAUUUAUGACUAAGUAACUAUUAGAGGUAGUCAUUAAAUAUUGAAGUUUCAGACCAAGAUAAACAGUUAGGAACCAAGAUCUGUUAAGUGGUAUACAGAUGAAAAUUUGAGACUUUUUAAACUUACAAAUCAUAUUGAUGAAAAGCUUUAAGCACAAAUUUUGGGGUAAAAAUUGCCAUAGGACAGUUGUCUAGAGAUUUGUAAUACUUGUGGUUUAUAAGCAAGACUUUCAAAAUUCAGUCUGUCCUUGAGGGUGUCUUAUAAAGGGAAAAACCACACCUGUGUAGCUCUGUGUCUCCUAUCUUUUCAGGUUUGUCAUCUGCUGGAAAUAUUUUCAUAAUAAAUUAAAAUUGUGAGCCCAUUACUCAGUAAACCUUUGUGCCAGCUAUCUAGCUUUAGAAAGUGCAUUUCUGAAUAGAAAUGGGAGGCCUCCAAUGGACCUGCUUCUAGAAUUCUAAGUGAUGUAGAAUUCUGGAAGGGCACUGUCUAGUCCCUGAUAGGAGUUUAUCUCUUGAGGUUUCUAUGUUCCUCUCUUUUCCUGUUCUGUUGGCUUGUUUAGUUCAUUUCAUUACCUAAUUAAUAUGUUACAAAAGAGGGAUACUUCCAAAAUCCUUAUUUUUCCUAACAAAAGAUGAAAGUGAGGGAACUUCUAUCCAAAUUAUGGACAUUAGUUUUCCUCCCUCUUUAAAAAUGCCCAUUUGCCUUUUUUAAAAGUUAUAGAAGUAUUAUAACAUAUAUACAAAAAAUUAUAUAAAGCAUAAGUGUACAGCUCAAUGAACUUAAUCCAACUGAACAUAGCCCUGUAGCCAGCACCUAUAAGAAAUAGAACAUUACUAGUGCCCUAGAAGCCCCCCCCCCUUUUCACUUCAUUCUUCCAAGGACAACUACUAUCCUGACUCCUAAUAUCAUACACUAGCUUUGCCUGUGUUUGUCUUUUAUAUAAAUAGAAACAAUCAGUCUGUA